CGGGCGCGGGCCGCGAUGGCAGCGGCCGAGCGGGGCUGAGCCCGUCGCCCGCCCGCAGCCCCCGGCCCCUUCCAGCCCCUUCCAGCCCCAGCCAUGGCGAAGCAGUACGAUGUGCUGUUCCGGCUGCUGCUGAUCGGGGACUCCGGGGUGGGCAAGACCUGCCUGUUGUGCCGCUUCACCGACAACGAGUUCCACUCCUCGCACAUCUCCACCAUCGGUGUUGACUUUAAGAUGAAGACCAUAGAGGUAGAUGGCAUCAAAGUGCGGAUACAGAUUUGGGACACGGCGGGGCAGGAGAGAUAUCAGACCAUCACAAAGCAGUACUAUCGACGGGCCCAGGGAAUAUUUUUAGUCUACGACAUUAGCAGCGAGCGCUCUUACCAGCACAUCAUGAAGUGGGUCAGUGAUGUGGAUGAGUAUGCACCGGAAGGCGUCCAGAAGAUCCUUAUAGGGAACAAGGCUGAUGAGGAGCAGAAACGGCAGGUGGGGAGAGAGCAAGGGCAGCAGCUGGCUAAGGAGUAUGGCAUGGACUUUUAUGAAACAAGUGCCUGCACCAACCUCAACAUUAAAGAGUCGUUCACACGGCUCACGGAGCUGGUGCUGCAGGCCCACAGGAAGGAGCUGGAGGGUCUCCGGACACGUGCCAACAACGAGUUGGCGUUGGCAGAGCUGGAGGAAGACGAGGGCAAACCUGAGGGUCCAGCGAACUCUUCCAAAACCUGCUGGUGCUGAGAGUCCUGUGUGGGGCACCCCACACGGUGCCCUCUUCCCUCAGGAGGCCUGUGGGCAGACGGGGGAGCCUGGCUUUGCCCUGCUGCUGCCCUCUCAUUUGAUGACCCUGUGGAAUGCCAGUAGCUGCCACUCCCCCUGCCUGGCCCUGAGAGCAGCUCUGCUGUCAUCCCCGAGCAGCCUCUGCCCCAGCCCCUCCACCCUGGAGUGGUACCCUUCAGCCUGUUCCCCCAGCCACAGGCCUGCUGUGACCCCAGAAUGUGCUGCGAGCACCGUCUCACCGCCCCGAGCUCCCCAGACAUGGCCGAGGCUGGAGUCAAGGCCCCUGCAAGGCUCCUUUCUUGGUGCAUUUUGUCUCCUCUCUGCUUUUUCUCCCUUCUCCCCACUGGUCUUUCUCUGGCCCCUUCCCCUCCAGUGUGUUUUGCAUCAAAGCCCCUCAGGCCCCUUUCCCUGUACGUCCUGCCGUGUGGCUGCAGGUGCAGUGCUUUCCUUUCCUCCUGACCCUGUCCAAGGGAAUGGACCCAGGCUCAUGGGGACAUGCCAUCUGCUGCUCUAAGGAGAGCCCCCCACCCUGUUCUGUGGGUGGGCCAAAGGCUACAGGGUGCUGCUUCCUCUUCCCCUCCCCACCGUCCCUCUCCCGCCAUGGGCCAGCCUCCCCAGGACCUGGGAAAGCGGAACAUCAAGGUAGGAAGGAAACACCGACCUGGUGGUCCUCCAGCCUGGGGCUGUCCUACCUCUACCUGCUCCCCCUGCCUGAGCUCUGGCCUUGCUUGGCUGUCCGCCUGCCUCACUGGGGAACUGAGCUCAGAGGCAGGUGCUUCGGAGAUGGAAAAUAAGUGAUGAGGGGUGGCAGGGAUAAAAAGUCACCUCCAUUGUCUACCUCCCAUGCAGCAUGUACACAAUUUCUCUCUGUCUGGGCUCCUGAAUUUAAAGAGGUGGACCAAGGCCUGUGGCUACUCCAGGGGCAGGGAGAGCCCUGGGGCCAGUGGUACUGUGAAGCCUACCAUGCACUUGAGGGAAGGAGCAUUUGGGAAUGAAGGACUAGCUCCUACGUGUCAGGUUAAGAGCAAGGGAGAGCUGGCCAGGGAUAGCAUUUUGCAAAGCAGAGGGGAAAAUAGCAGCAGGACCUCCUGGGCCCCAUCUUCCAUUUCUGGGGUAAGAGCAUUUCCCCAGACAUCCUGGCAGAGGAGUGAGCCCAGCCUCCAGCUCUCAAGAUUCUCCUGGGAAUCCACAUUUUGUGGGAGAAGGGCUGAGUCCUCAUGGGAAGAGAGAAGGCAGGCCCCAGGCGGAAGUGCUUGGUGCUGUUCUCUUCAGCCUUUGAGACAAGUGCUCCUCCUGCCCUCUAGCUCCUGAGUAGGCUUGAGGGUUUGCCAACUGCACUGUGGCUGCAGGUGGAGGGAAGAGGACUCCCUCCUCCGGAGCUCUGUGUUUUGGAAGUUUCUUUAAUCCCAUAUGGCCCAAGAGUAGCUUGAAGGAGGCCCUUCUAAAAAGAACGAGGCUUUUACCAGUCCUACUAGGGUUCCUCCCCACCUUCCCAAGGUGGUAGAGGCCUAGGUCAGAGGGUCGUUCAUAUAUUAGCCGUGUUGCGAGGCUGGGGCUGGAGCCAAAACAAAGAACUGCGCAUCGAGCAUUCACCAACCAAGGACCCGAAUCCAGGGCGCACACAUGAGGGAUGAGAACGCCACUUUCUUACUCUCCAAAAGAGGGGCUGGGGAUAAAACCACCAAACCUUUCCUCCUAGCUCUUAUCAAACCAGGACACAAGCCAGCAGGAGAGGGUGGCUCAGAAUUUAGGAGAGGGUUAGGUUAGGUGGAGGCAGGAAAAGGGCAGGAAUAGUUAUAAAUCGUUGCCUAUUGAGAAACCGAGAGAGCUGACUCUAGGAUGGAGCCAUGACUACAGCUGGGCUGCUUCCUCGAGGACUGACUCCUCGGGUGUCAGGACCUAUGCAGCAUCACGCCAGGGGUUGGGAAGGCCAGCCCUCAGCCAGGGGCUUGAGAGAGGAGAUGUAUAAGGCACUGGCUCCAGCCUGCGGCUCAGUAUUGCAGCUUCUGAGCUUCGCAGAGGACCAGGCAGAGCCCCAUUCUCUUUCUCUCCUAGCCCCCUCAGGAAAGAGGGACUAUAUUUAUACUGUACCCUGGGGGUUCUGGAAGGGAAAACAUGGAAUCCGAUUCUGUGGACUGCUGAGCCAUGUCUGCAGCGGGGAAAAGGAAUGGGAGCCGGAGACUUGGGACUGUAGGUUGCAGCCACGCUCACCAGGUACCAGAGUCGGCCUCUUACCCCUAAACUUCUGCAGUCCGGGGUGGUCUGGGCUGUGGCUUGAGGCCCGUGCCAUUGAGCAGGCUCUCCUGCCUGUUUACUGGGCAUCUGUUGUCUUGAGACUCAGCCCAGCCUCGCCCUGCCACCUGCGCCCAAGCCCCCUCCAUCUCCCUGUGAUGGGUGAAUUUCACGUACUGUGUCUCGGGUCCAUUAUAUGAAUUGUGAGCAGGGUUCAUCUAUUUUAAACAGAUGUUUACAAAAUAAAGACUAUUUGAAAUUACA